AUGUCCGACCGCCACAUCUUUACCUCCUCAGAGGGACUCGUUGAUAAGUCCCUUAGAGGAUUCAUCUCAUACAACCCUUCUCUUGGUCUGGACCAGUCAAACCGUGUGGUCUUUGACUCAACAUACGACAAGUCCAAAAUCAGCAUCAUCUCUGGCGGUGGCUCCGGCCACGAGCCCGCAUGGGCAGGUUAUGUCGGCAAUAACAUGCUGGCGGCCUCCGUAUCCGGAGACAUCUUUGCCAGCCCGUCUGCGAAGCAAAUUCAGUCUGCUAUUGAGCGUGUGCCCUCAGAUGUCGGCACGAUCCUUGUCAUCACCAACUACACCGGCGACUGCCUCCACUUUGGCCUCGCUGCAGAAAAGGCACGGAGUCGUGGGCACAACUGCCGCAUGAUCAUCUGCGGUGACGAUGUGUCUGUUGGAAAGGCAGGUGGUAGCCUGGUAGGACGCAGAGGUCUUGCCGGGCAGAUUGGUGUUCUCAAAGUCAUCAGUGGAGCAGCUGGCGUCAAGGCCGGCACUCUCGAUGACAUCCACAAGCUUGGUGUUUCUGUCGAGUCCGAAAUUGUGUCCAUCGCGGCCACCAUGGACCACUGCCAUGUUCCCGGGCGCACAGAGCACGCUCGUCUGGGCGCCGACGAGGUGGAGGUGGGAACCGGACCUCACAAUGAGCCCGGCUACAGCAAGGUCUCGCCCGCGCCUACUGCAGAGGGCCUGAUUGACCAGCUGCUGCGGUACUGCCUGGACCAGGAGGAUCACGACCGAGCUUAUGUCAAGUUCAACAACGACGACGAGACGAUCCUCCUUGUCAGCAAUUUCGGAGGCAUCUCCUACCUGGAAAUGGGCGCUCUUGUCGACGAGCUCCUCGAGCAGCUCGACACCAAGUGGAACAUCAGACCGUCAAGGGUGUACUCCGGCCCUCUCGAAACCUCUCUCAACGCACCUGCAUUCUCAAUCUCCUUGAUGAACAUCACAGCGGCAUCAAAGAAGUGCAGUUUCUCAGCAGAGCAAAUCUUCCAAUUCGCCGACCUCAAGACCAACACACACUGGGAGUCGAUGGCUGGCGCUCAAGCUGUCCGCCGCGACAGAAAACUUCAGUUCGUGCAGUCACCUCCUGAAGAGCCAAAGAAGAUUGAGGCCGACCGCGACGUGAGAAUGGACCCGGCAACGCUCAGGUCGAUGCUGAACAUGGCUUGCCAGGCAGUCAUUGAAGCCGAGCCUGAUCUGACAAAGUGGGACAUGGUGAUGGGUGACGGCGACUGCGGUGAAACCCUGAAAACGGGCGCUUCGCAUCUCCUUGAUGCUCUAGACAACAAGGGUAUCGCAGCCGAGGGAUCCAUCGUCUCAGUUCUUCACGAGCUAGAGGACAUUGUUGAGAGCAAGAUGGGUGGCACGCUUGGUGGUAUCCUCGGCAUUUUCUUCGUCUCGCUCAGCAACUCCGUAGAGGAGAACGCGUCGUUGGCAAAGUCGCAAGGUAUCUUGCCUCUCUGGACACUGGCGCUGACGUCCGCUCUUGCGCAUUUGAGUCAUUACACACCCGCCAAGAUCGGAGACCGGACGAUCCUGGAUGUCUUGAUCCCAUUUGUUGAUGCAAUUCGCAGCAAGGGUUUCGAGGGAGCUGUCGAGGCAGCUGUCGAGGGAGCCGAGUACACGAGGAAGACAAAGGCUAAGCUUGGUCGUGCGACGUAUGUCGCAGCGUCUGGGAAGGAUACGUCAUUCCACCCCGAUCCUGGUGCUUGGGGUGCAAUGGUUGCCAUCAAGGGCUUGCAAUCCGGCAUGGCAUGA